GGUGAGGUUUUGGGCUGUCAGAGUGGCUGCAAGAGGAUUCAAGAGUGGCAAGUGUGUUCAGUAAUUGCAUUGCCAGGAAGUUUGUGCUGACAUGACUGCAGGGAUGUGUGUGCCAGUGGUGGUUUUUCUCAGCGCCAUUGUGCUUCACCCUGUGUCAGCUGGAGGUGUGUAUUGUGCUAAAACAGCCAGAGCCCGAGUAGCUGCCCUGGGUUUGGAUUAUCCUGGAGUCCAUGGAGCCCCGGGUCUCUAUGGACCAGCUCACUAUGGGAUGCCCCCCAGCAGGUUGCCGUUCAGACCUCAACCUUACAACAACAAUUAUCCACAAUUGGAUGAGACUGAAUCAAACAUGGCCUCCUACAGACAAAGUCAACCAGAAGUAAGAUCCCUCUAUGACCGAACACAUACACGAGCUCACCCCAGGAGUUGGCAUCGCACUUCCAAUCCGGUUCAAAGUGAAUAUACCACCAACCAAGUGCUUAGCCUUAUCAGAGGAUGGUCAGUUAUUAACCGCAAGCCCAAUUUUGAGGAGGUCAAGCAUGUUGCCCCUCCAACUCAGGCUGAAGCCCCAGGCCAGCCUGAGCUUGUGAAUUGGCCUCCUAAAGGUCGGAGAAACCCGUUCUCAUUUGUCCACAAUGAGCAUGACUUUGGUGUUGAUGAGUCGGUCCCAAAUGGACGUGGCAUAUUUCUGAGUGGGCUACCCCAAAGCAGGGGUCAUGAUCGCUUACCGGAGGGGUCUAACUGGAUAUGGCCUGCAGAGAAGUUCCUGCCCUGGGUUCAUCUGGCAUCACCAAUGAAGGCCACGUCCGAGCGAUGAGAAGCCAAAAUCCUGUCGGUAGACCGAAAAGUAUUAGGUUCCCUUAGCCCCUGCACAGACCCCUCGGUGUCAAACCAUCUUUUCAAGGUAACCCUGUUCCAAGAUUUGUGACGGAAAGCUAUAUCAGGUUUAGUUAGAAGUCAGUGAGCGAAAGAUUCUGACGUAUAGCUUGGCUGUGUCGUCGAAUAGUGUCCCUGUGAAGCGUUCUGAAAGUUAACAGGCAAGCAUUUUUUCUUAACCUUUUACUGAAAGAAGCAAUGUCCAUCUUAUUGGCGUACAAGCUCCUGUAUUGUUGCUUCCUCACCUGUAGCUCUGAAACGUGUCCAUUGUCUCUUGAAUAUAAAAUUGCUAAUUGUUAUAUUU